UCUGCAGUGAAUGGACAACCCGGUGAUGAAACCAUAGCAACAAAAAAUAACAACACCAAGAACAACAACAUCAGUAACUUCAAGAACAACGAAUAUAAGAACACAACAUUGGCGAAAGAGACAAUUUGUUGAGAUAUGUCUUCGAAGAGGACUUCUGGCCGAGAUAAGAAAAGCAACAGACUGGGAUUAAGUGCAUCUUCCAUUUCGACUUCGGUCAAGAAAGAUUCGACCAAGAUUAAUGAAAGCGAAGUACAAAUUGCUAAAACCUGGCAGGCUUACAGAUACCUUAACUACGAAAUGACACAGCAGCUGCUGAAGGCUUCCUUAUCUGAAGUAGAAAAGAAGAUGAUUUCAUUCCUGAAGCUGACUCAACCAUCUGUGGACCUGAAGGAAGCAGUAAUGUUAGAUUAUUUUGUGGCAGGUAUUUACUGGGCCCACAACCAAUCCUACAGCAACGAGCAGUUUUCUGGUUUCUUUUCUUUACUCUAUGAUCUCUUAUGCAACGUCAAAGACAAACAUCUCUCAAUUGGAAACAAUUUACAGGAACUGCGGAAAUCUUUGGCUGGCAUUGCAGUUUCUGAUAUAAUAACCGAUUGUGGAGGGAUGCUGUUCUUUAACCUGAAUGCUGCAAAAAAGAUCAUUGAAUAUUUUCAAGUAACUUUAUUCCAGCAUUAUUGCCUUUAUGAGUAUAUAUAUACUCACAUGCAGGCUGAACAAAUCAUCGGCACAGAUUUAAAAAUUGUACCAGUAAUUGGCCUUGGUCCAUGUUUUGCACCGCCAUUAAUUGAAGGGGUUUUGGAAGAUUCUUAUACAAACUACAUUAAUCUUCCCCCAGAAACAGAACUGGAGACAGACAGAGGAGAGUUACUGGUUGAAGAAGAAAUUCUUGCAGGACCUGAUAUGAGUUUCCUGAACAGUAUCACUAAGGAGGAGGUGGAGGAGAUAUUUCAAAGUGUAGCUGACGAACUCCUACCACAUGUUCAGGAGGAGAUUGCUGAUCAGAUUCGGGAACAGGAGAUUCAGUUGAUUAAUAAAAUCAAUGACCUCUGUAACAUGUAUAACCAAAUGCCUAUGCAAGGCUCAUCAAAGAAGAAAUGAAGUGAAUGGUUUUAGUGGAGAUUUUAUGUAUGUGGCCAACUGCUGAGUAUUUCGUUGCGAAAUUUGGUAAAUUGGCAGGAAAAGGUUGUUUUAAGAGAGAGAGAGAUGGAGAGAGAGGGAGAGAGAGAUGGAGAGAGAGAUGGAGAGAAGGAGAUAGAGAGAGAGAGAGAGAGAGAAAAAGAGAAAGAGAAAAAGUGAAAUCUAUAUAUGCAAUGGACAGCCGUUAUAGUGACAUCCUGAAAGUUUUGUACGUCUGUAGUAGUAAAACCACGACCUUUUAGCAUCACCAAGACCACGACAACGACUACCACCGCCACCACCACCACCAACAACAACAACAUUAAACCCCCACCCAAUCAUCCCUCCCUCCCCUCCAACAACUACACUUUACUCAUUGAAUCAUUCUCCAUGUUAAUACGACCAUCAGCAGCAGUGCCACCACCACUACCAACACCAUUACUGCUCCCACCAUCACCGUAACCCCCUCCCCCGACACCAAUGCC